AUGUUCCGGGCACAACAAAAUACAUUCGACGACGCUGUUGCCAAAGCAACCGACGAAAACCUGACCUCCGAGAACUGGGAGUACAUCCUCGACGUCUGCGACAGAGUCUCAUCCAGCGAGAGCGGAAGCAAAGAUGUCGUGGCCGCCAUGAUCAAGCGGCUGGCGCAUCGCAACGCCAAUGUCCAGCUCUACACAUUGGAACUUGCCAACGCCUUGUCGCAAAAUUGUGGGAUUCAGAUGCACAGGGAGCUGGCAAGUCGGAGUUUCACGGAGGCCCUGUUGCGGUUGGCGAAUGAUCGCAACACGCAUCAACAAGUCAAGUCCAAGAUAGUGGAAAGAAUGGAGGCCUGGACCAAAGACUUCUCAAGUAAUACCGAGUUGGGCAUCAUGGAGCAGGCAUACAUGAGAUUGAAAGCGCAGAAUCCCAACCUCCAACCCCCUCAGGCCCCGGUCAAGAGUGCGAUCACAGACUGGGACAGACGGAGGGAAGAGGAAGAAUUGCAAAUGGCUCUCAAGCUUUCGAUUCAAGACAAAUCCACCCCCGGUCCCUCGAGUCAACCCUCUGGCGGUCCGGCCGAAUUAGCAGCCCAGCCACCGGGCAGUGUCUCGCAACAGACAGAGCAUCAGGCGGUCCCCUCAGGUACAACCGCCGCAACCGUGUCGCGGGUACGCGCCCUGUUCGAUUUUCAACCUUCUGAACCCGGCGAGCUACAAUUCCGAAAAGGCGACGUAAUAGCCGUGCUUGAGUCUGUGUACAAGGACUGGUGGAAGGGCUCUUUGCGCGGCCAGACGGGCAUUUUCCCCCUCAACUAUGUCGAGAAGCUGCAAGACCCCACUCCCGAGGAGUUACAGAAAGAAGCACAGAUGGAGGCAGAAGUGUUUGGGCAGAUCAAGAAUGUCGAGAAACUGCUCGCCCUUCUAAGCACGAGUGCGGGGGAUAUGAACGCACGCGACAACGAGGAGAUUACCGAGUUGUACCACAGCACGUUGGCAAUACGGCCAAAGCUAAUUGAGCUGAUUGGGAAAUAUACGCAAAAGAAAGACGAUUUCCAGCAACUCAACGAGAAAUUCAUCAAAGCGCGCCGCGACUAUGAAGCGCUUUUGGAGUCAUCCAUGGCACAAUCCGCUGCACAAUACGCGCGCCCUGGGCCUGCAGCGUACGGAUACGGGCCUGGAGGAGGUGGUCCACCAGUUCAACAAGGAUAUCCGCCUCAAAGAUUCUACACGCCUGAUGGCCAACCACCCAACAACGCGAUACCCUACGGUGCAAACCAGCAACAACAACAACCUCCCUUUCAGCCUCCGUAUCCGGUAGCCUCGCCACCGCCUCAAAGCCAGACUCCCUCAAACCAACCUCAACCUCCCCAUUCUCAACAGCCCGAUAGCUAUGCCUCCUAUCCAAAUCCAGCACCAGGACCACUCCGUCGUCAAUCGCACCCUCAACCCUCAGAUCCUUAUGCAGCAUACCCUCCACCCGCCGAGGGUUCCGCUCCACCAGGACAUCAAUCGUACCCGAAAAUUCAACCGCCCAAUGUAGCACAGCUACAGUAUGGAGACGAAGGGAAAGACUACUCACCUUCAAACUACUCCACGGACGAUCUCAGCCACCAACAUCUGCCACCACCAACAUCACACCCUCCUCCCUCAGGGGCUGCUUCACAGCCAUAUCCGCCACAACAAGGAAUGCCUCAGCCGCCCUCGCAGCCUCCCCAGCCCACGCAAUAUCCACCAUCUCAACCACCAGUAGCGUUGUCAUACGAUUAUCCAAUCCCACCCAUCAGUUCUCCGCCCCCGCCGGCUCCAAGCCAUGGCCCUCCUCCAGUCCCUGGUGUCGAUCCUGCGCAGCAGAGACCCAUCACGCCGCUGGCACAGAGCUCGGCGUACCCCAUGUUUUCGCCCACUCAGGCACCGGCGAAUCCGGCGCAGUAUCAGGCGUAUAGUCAGAGACCGACGAGUUAUUACAGGUAA